AUGAGACCGUCAGAUAGUGAAGCCGGAGAGGUGUUUUGUGCGAUCAACGACCUGUUCGGAAGAGCAUACUUCCAGCGAGCCUGGAUUGUGCAAGAGAUAAUUCUUUCUCGAAAAGCUACGCUUGUUUGCGGGCAGCAUGAAGGAGAUUUGGAGUCCUUCUGGCAUGUGUUCGGCCUGGACCGACUCCAACGUGCAUGGAUGCAGUAUCUCCAACCUACAUGUAUGCAGAACUUUUACCUGGACGACUUCCAUUUUUUUGAAGCGCAGAAGAAUGUACAGAAGAUUUUCACGUGGGCACGUUCCAUGCAAACACUGUCUUAUCUGUCCCAUCUGUCCCGUUCGACUUUUGAAGGGCACACAGUCUUUAACCAAAUGGCUUACAUUCGAAGCAGCGGGCGCAACGGCAGGCUCGGACUAAUUGAUAUUGGACAUUUACUGAACAACUUUCGGAAGCAAAAGUCAACAGACCCGCGGGACCAAAUAUUCAGCUUGGUGGGUCUCCUGCAGAGGUUCUCCAAGCGGCCGGGUGUGCUGCAAUGGGCUGAAAACUGCGUAGAUUACAGCCUUGGUGUCCGAGACAUUUAUCUGAGUACUGCCCAACAUAUUGCAGAGAAUAACCACGAGAGAGACAGGGGAGAUACCACGUCAUUCGGGGGAAGCUGCCACAUCCUAAGUUUCUUCGAGCAGACUAUAGGACCGCCCCCAGAACAGUUGGAUUUACCUACAUGGGUCCCUAAUUGGUCAGCUGAGAGAGAAAGUACUGUGUUUAAUACAAGAAGAAUUGACGAGACAGCCAGCCUGAUCCCAUAUGAUGCUCGGGUACAGGGAGAUUCCCUCGUGGUAUCUGGGUGCAUCGUGGACAAAGUCACGUUCUGCUCGGACAUCCUUGGAUGCAACGAACAGAUGUUUCAGGAAGUCGAUCUGUGCUACAUGUUAACCGAGCGAGAACGCAAAAAGAAGACUCCCAGCGUCUAUGGUGCAUUUAAGGCCCAAUUCGAGGGAUUUUGGCGUACCAUUAUAGCGGACAACCCAAUCGGCACCAAGCCAUACACUGACCACACCCACCACUUUCAGGAGCAGGACGCAGUAAGCGAAUGGCUCGCUCAAUGCCAACACAACUAUCAACAAGUCCGCUGUACUUGGUCAGACGAGCUGGAAAGUCGUCCGAUUCUUGGCCCGACACUCGCUCGGGUCCAGGGUCAUGAUGAGGGCCACGCACCAUCAGCCGAAGAUGGCAAAGUACAGACACUCCUGCGGCGCUUGGACAAGAAUCGAUUGUUGGAACUCCUGGAACUGGAUGAGCCACGUUGGGGGUCUCUGGAGGCGCGCAUGGAAAUGUCCAAGCACAUUCUCAUAAAAACAGAACAAGGUUACUUUGGAUUAGCACCUCCAAGCGUCCAGAUCGGAGACACCGUGGCCCUUCUUGCUGCAUGCAGUCACCCCUGGUACCUUCGUCGCCAGGACCAGCAUUAUACUAUUGUGGGCAAAGCUUGGGUACAUGGUUUGAUGUACAAAAACGAUUCCUUUUACCAAAGUGACAGUUUUCGGAAGAAUCGUACCCAAGUUGAAUUGCGAUAA